UAGACGCUGACACACUAUAUCCUCGCUAAACGCGUUAAAAUAGUAGGUGCAGACGGCGAAUGACGAAGCUGUUUUCUAUACCGACGCUGUAAACACUCACUGCCGUAAAGCGAACACGCUUGUGUUACAGCAUGGCGGCUGCAAUGACAGGACGCGGUGUCGCUUUCAUCAGGAAUAUAUCCGGGCUGCUGCAUUCAAGGUUACAGGUUCUGGCUGGUGGACCUCAGCAGCUCUCAUGUCUCCACACCAGCUCCUCACUGGAGGCAAAGACCUGGGAGAGGAGGAACCGGAAGAUGUAUCCGCCUCAGCUACCAGAUGAGCCCCGCAGACCAGCGGAGAUCCACCACAGCAGGAGGCAGAUUAAAUACAGCAAGGACAAGAUGUGGUACCUGGCCAAAAUGAUCCGAGGGAUGAGCAUCGACCAGGCUAUCGCACAGCUGGAGUUCAACGACAAGAAAGGGGCGAAGAUCAUGAAAGAGGUCCUUCUUGAAGCUCAGGAGAUGGCGGUGAAAAAUCACAAUGUAGAGUACAAAUCCAACCUGUAUGUUGCUGAGUCCAAUUCCAGCAAAGGGAAGUACCUGAAGCGGAUCCGUUACCACGGCCGCGGGAUGUUUGGCAUCAUGGACAAAGUCUACUGUCACUACUUUGUGAAGCUGGUGGAGGGAUCGCCACCCAAAACAGAGAAGAAGACGAGCUUUGACCAGGCCAAAGAGUACGUCCAGAACCUCAAGAACCGAACCAUCAUCCACAGCCUAUAGACCUUCUGAUUGGAUAAUAUUCUACAUGUAUGUCUGUGUGUGUGUGUCAUUUGUAAAUAAAUACAUUGAUAAUGAAA